GAUUCCAGUCCUGUGUGACGGGGGGCCAGUCCCUGUUUGUCUCCUCUGAGAAACGGGAUAGACAAAGGGCACCCUGUGCCCACGCCUGUGCCACACAGUGCGUGCACACCGCAGGCCAGGCACUCCUGUGGCACACGCGUGUGGGGAUGAGGGCCCCCCUGCUGGGACGGACCCAGCCCCUGCCCCCCCCGCCAGCCCUGAUCUCUAUCACCCCAGGCUUCCUGUCCCUGCCCGGGCCUGGCCACCUGCCAAGGCAAAGCCGCUGGCCCGUCCCAGCGGGCCGGAGGCGGCCAAGUAAGCUGAGCUCACCAGCCCGGAGCUGCUGCUGCUUCCGGAGAACCGGCUCCGUCCCAGGGAAGAGGGACGAGGCAGCCGCUGCCUCAAGGCCUGACAACCAAGGGGACUGGAAGGCCAGAGCGGAGAGGGCUUGGGUGCCACAGGGCUCAGUGGUGAUGGCCUGCUCUCACAGUCGCUUGUCCACCGGCGGUGUCCUGGGAGCCCAUGGGUCUGCCGCCGUAGCGAUGGUGGAGGUGGGCUCUCUCCUCACCGCCGUGCCAGGCCUCGGGGACCUCACCAAGGACGACACCCUGAAGCAGACAUACUUCUACCCGGCCCGGGACCCCUUGGCCUGCGUCCUCCGGAGCUCGGCCCACUGCUUCCCGCUGCCACGCCUGUCUCCUAGACCCUUCUCCAAGGAGCAGGGCCUCGACGGGAGAGACCCCGGUCCCCCCAGGCCUGGGCCCGCUGGGGUCCCCAAGGCAGCACUGCGGGGCUUGGACGGCAGGAUGCCCAGCCUGGCGGGGCAGGAGGCGGGAGGCGGGGAGGCCACCCGGGCCAGCUCGCCCUCACCCCACAAGACCUCAGGUCUACAGCAAGCCGUGUCCGCCUUUGAGAGCCACAGUGCCGGCCCCAUGGUGGGGACAGGCACUGGUGAGCGGUGUCUAGCGGCCAGCGCAGGUGUACCCCACAACCCACCCUGCAGCUCCAGGCCCCAGCUUGCUGCCAAGCCGGCCCUGCCCACCCGGAAGCUCCCUGGGACCCUCCCCUGGCCAGCCCCCCUGUCCCCAGAUGCCCGAUCGGUGGCACCCCCACAGCAGGAGGAGGCCCAGGCCCGGCCUCUACCCAAGGCCAGCAGUGUGGAGGACCAGGCAGGCCACGCACCUGGGCCCCGGCUGCGCCCCAAGAGGAGGCCCGUGUCGGCCAUCUUCACUGAGGGCUUGCUGCCUCCCGGGCCAGGCUUGGGCGGGAAGCCACCCCCGGACCCUCCUGAGAAGACGUGGGUCCGGAAGCCCCGGCCCCUGUCGGUGGACCUCACAGCCCGCUUUGAGAGCAGGGAAGUCCUGCUGAGGAAGGCAGCCAUCGAGGGGGCCGGAGGGGAGGGCUGGAGCACGGGAGGGGCCAGCCCUGAGCCUGCAGCGGAU